CGGAGUACGCCACUUGCACCUGCAGCUAGGCGCUAGUCAACCGAUCCACGCGCCAUGGGCAACGCGCUGGGCACCAAGAAGACGCUGAAGGAGCAGCUGCGCGAGAACAAGCGCGAGAUCAACCGCGCCGUGCGGCAGCUGGACCGCGAGCGCACCAACCUGCAGCUGCAGGAGAAGAAGCUCAUCAUCGAGAUCAAGAAGAUGGCCAAGCAGGGCCAGAUUGCCAGCGUCAAGAUCAUGGCCAAGGACCUGGUGCGCACGCGCCAGCACAUCACUAAGUUCUACACCAUGCGCUCGCAGCUGCAGGCCGUCUCGCUGCGGCUGGAGACGGCCAAGUCGGCGGAGGCCAUGACGUCGGCUCUGCAGGGCACCACCACGGCCAUGAAGGCCAUGGCCUCGACCAUGAACUUGCCGCGGCUCAACCAAAUCAUGAUGGAGUACACCAAGGAGAGCGAGAAGAUGGAGAUGACCCAGGAGAUGCUGGGCGACACCAUCGACGACGUCAUGGACGCUGACCAGGACGAGGAGGAGGAAGAGAAGAUCGUCGGCCAGGUGCUGGACGAGAUCGGCAUCGACAUGACGGGGGCGGUGCCCGAGGCCCCUACGGCCCACGCAGCGCCGGCCUCAGCAGCAGCACAGGCAGCACCCGCGGCGGUGCUGCCGCCUGCUGCCCCCGUGGCAGCCGGAGGAGGCGAGUCGACGGAUUCGGCCAUCAGCGACCUUGAAGCUCGGCUGAACAACCUGCGACGGUCGUGA